AUGUUACUGGGAGUCAAAUUGGCUUAUUCAAGAAGUGUUUCUGCCAGUGUUGUGGUUGGAUCUCAUGUAUGGGUUGAGGAUCCAGAGGUAGCUUGGCUAGAUGGGGUCGUUGUUGAAAUCAAUGGGGAAGAGAUCACAGUGGACUGCAACUCAGAGAAGACGGUUACGGCCAAUCUAUCCAAUGUGUACGCAAGAGAUACUGACGCGCCUUCUUGUGGCGUGGAUGAUAUGACAAAACUUUCUUAUCUGCAUGAACCAGGAGUAUUGCAGAAUUUGCGAAGUCGAUAUGACAUGAAUGAAAUAUAUACUUACACUGGGAGUAUCUUGAUUGCCGUGAAUCCCUUCAAGCGGUUACCCCAUUUAUAUGCUAAAAGUGUGAUGGAACAGUACAAAGGAGUUGCACUUGGGGAGCUGCCCCCUCAUCCUUUUGCUGUUGCUGAUUCUGCUUACAGGCAGAUGAUUCAUGAGGGGAUAAGCCAGUCAAUUUUGGUAAGUGGAGAGAGUGGAGCGGGCAAGACAGAAAGCACAAAAAUGCUUAUGCAAUAUCUUGCGUAUAUGGGAGGACGAGCUGCAGCUGAGGGAAGGAGCGUGGAGCAGCAAGUCCUUGAGUCAAAUCCAGUUUUAGAAGCCUUCGGUAAUGCUAAGACAGUCAGAAACAACAACUCAAGUCGUUUCGGUAAGUUUGUGGAGCUCCAGUUUGAUAAAAGGGGGAGGAUAUCUGGUGCUGCCAUCAAAACAUAUCUGCUGGAACGAUCCCGUGUUUGUCAAGUUUCUGAUCCUGAGAGAAAUUAUCACUGUUUCUAUUUGCUUUGUGCUGCGCCACCUCAGGAUGUUGAAAAAUAUAAAGUAGGGAACCCAAGGACAUUUCAUUAUCUGAACCAAUCAAAUUUUUUUGAACUAUCUGGAGUGGAUGAGUCAGAGGAAUACCUGGCAACAAGGAAAGCCAUGGAUGUUGUUGGGAUAAGUCACGACGAGCAGGAUGCUAUUUUUAGAGUAGUGGCUGCAAUUCUUCACUUGGGAAACAUUGAAUUUGCAAAGGGAACAGAAACUGAUGCUUCGGAACCUAAGGAUGAUAAGUCUCGGUUCCAUCUAAAGAUUGCAGCUGAACUAUUCAUGUGUGAUGAGAAGUCCCUUGAGGACUCCAUGUGCAAACGCGUCAUGUUCACUCGUGAUGAGACCAUUACAAAGUCCCUUGAUCCAGAAGCUGCAGCUCUGAGUAGAGAUGCUCUAGCCAAGAUAGUUUACUCAAGAUUGUUUGAUUGGAUAGUGAACAAGAUCAAUAACUCUAUUGGCCAAGAUCCCGAUUCAAUUCUCUCAAUUGGUGUUCUAGAUAUCUAUGGAUUUGAGAGUUUCAAGACAAACAGUUUUGAGCAAUUUUGCAUUAAUUUGACCAACGAAAAACUGCAGCAACAUUUCAACCAGCAUGUUUUCAAGAUGGAGCAAGAAGAGUAUACCAAGGAGGAAAUUGACUGGAGUUACAUAGAGUUCAUUGAUAACCAAGAUAUUCUUGAUCUUAUAGAAAAGAAACCUGGGGGGAUUAUUGCUCUUCUUGAUGAGGCUUGGUAUGCAGGCACUUCAAUUCUUUAA